AUGCCAGAAAUGAGCACAAAUAAAGAUAAAAAAUUGACACAACUCAAGAUCUCAAGGGAAGUGAAGAGAAUAAAUACAACGGCUGCACUUCCACGUGCAUUGCGUUGCAUCACUCAAUAUAUUAAAAUUAAAGACUAUUUAAUGGUCCCAACCAGAAGGUCUGCACUUUCCUGGAUGGCUCAGACUAAUGUGAAUUCGCUUCGUGAACUGACUUAUUUCUUUAGAUCUGCACCCAUUUAUCUUUUAACUUUAUCAAGGAGUUUAGUAAAGAAGAAUAAUUUAAAGGAAGAUUCAGCUCGUAAUUUUAUGCAGCCUAAAGACAUUAUAUAA